CUACCGUUUUUGGUGUAAUCAAACGGGCGAAAGGAACAGAGCCUCGUCUUUUCAUCUCGCUGCCACCUCUCCAAGCUACCACUCAAUCCUCUCCUCUUCCCUAUGAUCGCCGCACCACCAUCACUGGAGCACCGCCUCGUCCCUCUUUCUGACCAAACAGAAAUCACCAACACUUUCGCCCGAAUAGAAACGCUUUCUUUUUUUGGAUAUCAGAUCGGGAAUUUGGGAUGUAUGAUAUAUUAUUGGAAUACGAUUGAAUAUGUAAGACGAAAAGGAUCAUAUGUCUUGCAUAUCAUUUCAGAUGGAUGGAUCAAACGAUGAAAGGAGGCAAAUCAAGUGGAGGAAAUCCGAUGGCAAGUUUCUUGUAAAGAAAACUGCAACCAAGGGGAAGUUGCUAAGGAUACCAACAAAGCCAAUAAAAAGGAUUUCAUUUUUUGCUUUGAAUUAUCUUCCUUUUUGCUAUUUGCAUGACAAUUUAUUAAGCUUUGUUUCAAGUAUUCUGUAUCUAGAUUGAGUUGAGUUUAUGCUUUCAAGUUUUGGCAUUUGAUUUGAAUUUCACUUGUAUAUUAUCAGGUUGGUAAGCUGGAGUGGCAAAAUGGAAGUCAAUGUCAGGUUCUAUUGUACUGUGUUCUGCUUUGAAGUUUUAUGUAAGGGACAAAAUGGUACAACAUUAUAAGAGGGAAUCCUAAAACAUGGUCAAUAUUGCGAUGAUAAAAUAAAGAGUGUGACCAAGUAGAUGAAACAGACAUCAUUUUACCAUUUUACCAUUUCAGGGCAUCCUUUUUUUUUCUCAAAUGUAUUUAGUAAAUUUCAACCAAUAAUGGUCGUGUGAAGGCUUCAGAAGGCUCCUAUGAAUCAUUUUGAAAUUCAUUGUGAAGGAACGGGAUGCCUAAAAGGAUUUGAAGCUUAAUGUGUGCGAAGAACUUGUAUUUGAUUUUCUAUUGAAGAGAGUUUUCUGCAUGUUGAACAAGUUCUAGCAAUUUACCUUUAUUGUCUUGUUUAUUGCUAACUUUUAAUUUAUAUUUUUGCUUCCUCAUUAAUGCAGUGGAUGCCUCAUUAUCAAUGUAAUUUUUGGUUGUUUUGUUGGUUUGUUUAAUGUUGUUGGAGUACUGUUUAAUAUUUUGUGGAAAAGUGGG